AUGCCUACUAGUCAGGAAAAAGCGGCUUCCGAUCUCCAGGUUUUAAUUGCCAGGCGGGAACGAUAUUUUCAAUGUAUACAACAAGCGUUCGAUUUAAUUCCACGUUUGAAUGAUUUAAACAUAUGCAGGCAAUUUAAAGCAAGAUGUAAAACGUUGGACAAAGCAUAUUCCGAAUUCGAUGCCGUUCAGAAUAAAAUAUUAGAAACAAACGCCUUAGCAGCUGUAGAACAUCGAAUAUCAGACGUUUUAGCAUCCUCACAGGCAUUUGACAAUUUGUUCUAUGCUGUUAGAGCUGCGGAAGCUUCUUGGUCUGAACCACAAACCGUUUCAACUCCUUCCGCCCCAACAAUCAAACCAAAAUUGCCUCAUAUCACUCUGCCGACAUUUGAUGGGACUUAUGAAAAGUUUGAUUCAUUUAAAUCAUUAUUUGAUACAUUGAUUCAUAAUCAAGGACAUCUAUCAACCAUUGAAAAGUAUAGCUAUCUACGUUCUUCCGUCUCCGGCACUGCUCUGACUGCCAUACAAGGUCUACCAUUUGCGGAAAAUUCCUAUGAAACUGCCUACAAAACUUUAGUCACUAGAUUCACAAACAAAAGAGUUAUUGCAUCUAAUGUGUGUCAGAAGCUAUUUUCUGUGAAACCUUUUACGCAAGAAAGUCAACUUAAAGGAUUUUUAGAAGAUUUUAAUGUUCAAGUGGAAGCUUUAAACAACCUUGCUUUAACUAGUGUUUCGGAUUUUCUUAUUUCGUUCAUGGCUCUUAGGCUGCUUGAUCCUCAAACACGUCAAGCUUUUGAGGAUACAAGAGCUAACGAUCCUACUGUACCAACUUAUGCCGAUAUCCGUAAAUUUGUAGAAGGGCGUAUUGCUACAUGUGAGGUAAUUAACUCUUCGUCAGCAAAGACAAAUUACCCUAAGCCGAUGGGUUCUAUGAAAGUUCCAGUUAAGAGAGCCAUGGUUGCUCAUGCUUCUCCUCCGCUGAAGCCUAGUGUGCAAUCAACCUCUUCCAAGCCUGCAGAUUUGAGCCACACCUGUCCAUGUUGUGCUAAAUCUCACCGAGUCGUAGAAUGCAAUCAGUUUGGUAAUAUGACUAUUUCGCAACGCUAUGAAGUUUUACGUAAAAAACUUUUAUGCUUUUCCUGUUUUGGACCACACGCUCGAUCGACAUGUUCUUCUAAAUUUUCAUGCAGACAUUGUGGAUCCAAAGCCCAUCAUACCAUGCUUCAUAAUGAUAGUAAAGCCAAUAUUCCUCCUAUAUCAUCUGCCAGUGAGCCUACCGUUGCACUGUCAGGUAAUAUUAUGCCUUCGCCGUCUGUACAUCAGCAUAAGCAAAUUCUAUUGGGAACUGCUAUAGUUAGUAUUCCUGAUGUAUUUGGUCAUCAUCAUGAUGUCCGAGUUUUAAUCGAUCCAGGAAGUAUGAUCAAUAUUAUUUCUCAAUCACUAAAGGAUCGCCUUACUUUACCAAUGACAGCGUCUAACAUUCGCAUCUCGGGUAUAGGAUCCGGGAAACCCCAACCAGCCAAAGGUACUGUUGUUUGUACUGUCAACUCAAAACAUAGUCCGUUCUCUAUCACCGUUGAAGCGGCUGUGUUACCAACCAUAGCAACUAAAAUUCCUGCCGUCCCAGUUGUACAAAAUAUUGUCAAUAAACUUUCUCAGCUACAACUUGCCGAUCCUCAGUUCUAUAGCCCUGCUUCGGUUGAGAUGCUCAUCGGAGCACAACAUUACGCCAACCUUCUGACUUCGGAACCUGUAGUUCCAGGUCACCCCUCUCUGGUUCCAUCCAUGUUCGGAACACUUGUUAUGGGUGAAUGUCCAUCGAUGUCAUCGAAUGAGUAUCAAUCAUAUUGGAUAAUGCACUCUGACACAGACCUUUCGUACCAGUUACAGAAGUUUUGGGAAGUUGAAGAAUUGCCUGUCAAAACUCCGUUGAACCCAGAAGAUGUUAAGUGUGAGGAACACUUUGUCAAAACUCAUCGCCGUGAUUCCGAUGGAGCUUAUAUUGUACGAUUGCCAUUUCGUAAUGGUGAAGCUCCGGAGCUAGGUGAUAACCGUGUCUCUGCACUAAAUCGUCUAACUAAAUUAGAAAAACGUUUAGAAAAACAGCCUACGUUUAAAGAUUUGUACCAUGCAAAUCUUCAAGAUUACCUCAGUUCUGGUCACAUGGUACUUGCCGAGAAGAACUCGUCUUAUGUUUUGACCCAUCAUGGAGUUACGAAAGAUAGCUCCACAACUAAAGUUAGAGUUGUAUUUAACCCUGCUGAGAAAACCAAUGCCACCUUCCCUUCUUUAAAUGAGACUUUAUUAGCCGGUCCUAAGCUUCAAAACAGUAUUAACGAUAUUGUUUUGAAUUUCCGCUUGCACCGAGUUGCUAUCACAGGAGAUGUAAAACAAAUGUAUAGAGCCAUCAAAUUGGAUGAAAGAGAUAGUAAAUUUCAGCAGAUAUUGUGGCGUUUCGAUCCCUCUCAACCUGUACAACAGUAUGAAAUAACCCGUGUUUGUUUUGGCAUUACUAGCUCGCCUUACCAUGCCCUCCGUGUGAUGAAACAAUUAAUUCAAGAUGAAGGAUUUAAAUAUCCGACUGCUGCUAAAGUUCUAGAAACUGACAUGUAUAUCGAUGAUGUGUGUACCGGAGCUUCCUCCAUUGCUGAAGCCCGUCAGCUACGUGCCGACUUAUCUGCUUUGUUAUCGACGGCUGGGUUUGAGUUAAGGAAAUGGGCAAGCUCUCAUGCCGCCGUUCUAAGUGACCUACCUCACGAAUAUAAGGAAAAGCCUCACAAAUUUGGUGACAUUGAAACUAUUCAAGUUCUUGGAAUUCAAUGGAUAUCUGAGGAUGAUGUAUUUUGCUAUCGAAUUGAAACCAUCCCUAAUUGCACCACUAAACGCCAAGUUUUAUCACAAAUUGCCCGUACCUAUGAUUUACCAGGAUUUUUGGGACCUGUAGUUAUCUGGAUGAAGAUAUUGAUGCAAAAAAUCUGGCUACAAGGAAUCGACUGGGAUGAUCCUUUACCGUCUUGUAUGAUUGAUCAAUGGAGUCAGUUUGCCAAAGAAAUGCCUUGCCUUCAAACCAUCAAAAUUCCACGUGAUAUUCUCGACACUUACAUUCAUCCACCCGAGCUUGUUGGGUUUUCUGAUGCCUCUAGCUCUGCAAUGGCUGCUGCUGUCUAUUUGCGAGUCGUUUGUUCGGAUCAACGCGUGUUGAUUAGCUUGAUCCGUGCUAAAACUAAAGUCGCUCCAGUAAAACCAGUCACUAUUCCCCGCCUUGAGUUAAAUGCCAGCUGCAUGCUUGCUAAGAUUAUCGAAUCUUUAUUGCCACUCCGCGCUCGUCUUCAUAUAGAAAAGCUUUACCUAUUUACAGAUUCAAUGGUAGUUUUGUCAUGGCUACGAACCCCUGCUCAUUUACUCAAGGUUUUCGUUGCUAAUCGUGUUGUUAACAUUUUAGAUCGGACUUUACCAUCUCAAUGGUUCCAUGUUCCAACAGCUGAUAACCCUGCCGAUAUUGCCAGUCGUGGCUGUAUGCCAAGUCAGCUUGUAAACCAUAAGUUGUGGUGGUCAGGUCCCGAUUUUUUGCGCGAAGAUUUUUCUUUAUGGCCAAGCCAAGAAGUAUCCUCGGUUCCUGACCUGCCCGACCUAAAAGAGGUUGGCCCAUCAUUGAUAGGCCAUGUUACAGGUGGAGAUGAUAGUGUUGUUCUUCUUCUAGAACGUUUCUCAUCUCUUAGUGAGAGCCUAGCCGAGCCUGAAACUUGUAUGAAGGACAUGACAGCCGUAAAUGCUUCAACAUCAAACGUAAGUUAA